GGAUUUCCAGAUGAAAAUCGACCUGACCGUUCUUUUCUUCUACAAUUUUUCCACAGAGAUUGGCUUCUAGAAGAGGUAAGCGAAAAGGAAACCUAAGACCUGCGACUGCGGCUGCUGUGGCGGUUGCAGUCUGCUCCGAAAUUAAUGGGAAGGAAAAUGGAAUGGGCGGGCAGGGAGAAGCACAUGGGAGGAAUACCAAGGAAGAUGGUGUUUUUGGCGGUGGGUGCAUUCGCCAAGGCGGUUGCAAAUCUUCUCAACACCACCUCCGUUCAUAAUGUCGAUACGCUCCUUCGUCUCGUCCGCUCUCGACCCCCUGGCAUUCCACUUCUCACCGUCAGCAAUCACAUGUCUACCUUGGAUGAUCCACUUCUUUGGGGGUUCAAAGGCUUCCCCUCCGUGGAUGCCAAAUUGGCACGAUGGGCACUUGCUGCUGAAGACAUUUGUUUUAAGAAUUCUUUAUUCACUUAUUUUUUUAGACUUGGUAAAUGCAUACCUAUUACAAGGGGUGGUGGAAUUUAUCAGGAACACAUGAAUGAAGCUCUUCAAUGCUUAAACAAUGGAGCCUGGUUACAUACAUUUCCUGAAGGUAAAGUAUGCCAAGAAGAUGCACCCAUAAGACGAUUAAAAUGGGGAACUGCUAGUCUGAUUGUUCGUUCCCAUGUGACUCCUAUAGUUCUUCCUAUGGUUCAUAGUGGUUUUCAAGAGGUGAUGCCGGAGAAGUAUUUUCUCAACAGAAGGCCUCCUUUUCCAUUAUACAAUAAGAAAAUAAGAAUUAUGAUUGGAGAGCCUUUAGAAUUUGAUAUUCAUAAAAUGAUGCAGUCAGCGAUUUCAAAGUCUCGUGAUGAUCCAGUACUUUCUUCAACAGAAACAACAUCAAGAAGAUGGCCUGCUAUCUCCCCUCAUGGACUGGCUUUAGAUGAAGCUGCACAGAGAUGCCUCUACUCAACUAUUUCAGAGCAAAUACAAACUGCCAUGGAGAAGUUACGAAGUUUGGGUAAAAGUUUCUUAAAAUAGGCUUUUU